CGCCGAAAUUCGAAUGGUAUCAACGCUUGUUCGAACGUAUUUAUGAAGUAUCACCUGUGCGUCUCUCAUUUAUAUGUUCACGAGUGGUCUCAAUAUUGGCUGAGGACCCGAUGAUAGCACGAGUCCUCUGAGCUUAGUCAGCACCUUCUGACUUCGUUUCACUAUGACUACGAUUCCUCCAGAGCUUGUAGAGAUAAUCGUGUACGAGUUCUGGCACUCUGAAAUGCCGUCCUCUGUCCGACAGUCGUUCAUGACCACCUGUCCCCUGGUUGACCGAACGUGGAAAGCCAUCUAUGCCCCUAUCGCUUCUCAGGAUCUGUAUAUCACCAACCUCGCAUCCAUUGACUAUCUAUGCGACAUUGCCUACCUCAAAAAUUCCAUCAUCUACCAUGACCUCAUCCCCCGGCUUACCAGCACCAUUACCUGCCUCGUCGACCUCCGAGAAUACGCAAAGGAAAGAGCAGCGAAAAGGGUCUAUCGUUAUCUCAUCACACUACCCAACAUCCGUGGCUUCCAAGCUCUUUUUCCGCUUGUUCAAUAUAUAUCUUUCCAGCUCGUUUGGAUCGGUAUUGGCGAGGAUCAAUCUUUACCGCCGUUCCGUGGUAUUCCCAUUCAUGCCCGCUACGACCGGUUCCUCUGUACUAAUGUCUCAUCGAACGAAUGUGAACGCUGCGCUGGCCCGGGGAAGACACGAAUGCAUAUAUAUAUUUCCAUGAUAGACUUAGACCCUUCGGUGGACACGAACAACAUGGUCUGGUCUUAUGUAUUGUGCUUGAUGCGCGCGGUCGGCGUCCCCCAAUUCUUCUUUGGCCUCACUUUAGUAUCCUCGGGGCCAUAUGAGGUGUUGGUAAUUGAUGGCAUCCGAUACCUCCGUCAAAUCACAUAUAUACCUGAGGCACAACUUGGUGACUGGGAUCCAAGGGAUAUCAAUCAGCACCUGUGGAUGGCUUCCCAAGGGUUUCCCCGGUUGGGAUAUUUUGCCAGUCUUUUCUACCGUCGGGAAUAUAAACGUUUACAGUCGUCUUUACCUGCUCCAUUCUUCUCUAGUAGGAUUCGCGAAGACGCAAGGACGAACCUCCUUAAGAGGGAAAAUUUGGUCUGAAGAAAUGCUAUGAAGGCUUGUACAUGAAAGCUAUUAUAAGAAAUUGUUAUUUGAAUGUUCAAUA